UUUUUUUUUUUCUCCUCGGUAGCCUUUCUUUGUCUUCAAUGUCUGGACGCGGAAAGCAGGGUGGUAAGGCGCGCGCCAAGGCUAAGUCUCGCUCCUCAAGGGCGGGCCUGCAGUUUCCCGUGGGCCGCGUGCACCGCCUGCUCCGCAAGGGCAACUACGCCGAGCGGGUCGGGGCCGGCGCGCCCGUCUACCUGGCGGCCGUGCUGGAGUACCUGACGGCCGAGAUCCUGGAGCUGGCGGGCAACGCGGCGCGCGACAACAAGAAGACGCGCAUCAUCCCGCGCCACCUGCAGCUGGCCAUCCGCAACGACGAGGAGCUCAACAAGCUGCUGGGCAAGGUGACCAUCGCGCAGGGCGGCGUGCUGCCCAACAUCCAGGCCGUGCUGCUGCCCAAGAAGACCGAGAGCCACCACAAGGCCAAGGGCAAGUGAAUCGACAGACAUCUCAGUUUCCUAAACGUUUUGAACACAAAGGCUCUUUUCAGAGCCCCUUCCACUUUCAGAGAAAGAGUAUGUAAGUUACAGGGAGAAACAUGCCCAAAAUUACGUUCACUGCCCCCCAUCCCCCAGGUACGGCAACAUAAAGAUACCUGAGACCUUUAGGAAAGGAUCAGGCUCUUGCUAAAAUUGGGACUGCCUGUAGAAAACGGAGAGUCAGCAUGCUCACGAAGUAGAUGCUGCAUUCUUUCCAAUACAGUCACCUGACCUGACUGUAGGGAGGGCCUGGUUACUGCACAGUCCGAUUGUGGUCUCUAAACUCUGAUCGCCUUUCAAGUGAUUGACAUCCUGGAAGGCAAACUUCCGGGGCGGGACUGCAACCUCCCCGCCCUAUCCCGGGAGGGAGUUAGGCUCUCGGCUUGGUUUAACGAUGACAACACACCUUCUGAAGCCUAACUGGGCGGUGAAAGGGGCGGUGAUUUCCUGGUGAGCUCAGAAUUCCGCCUGAAUCUUAACUAGAAUUCCACCUCCUUCCUAUUUACGGAUUAUGAGAUAAGGACCAGUUUCUAACCUCUCAUACUGAGUUUUGUCAUCUGUAAAUUGGAGCUAGAUUAAUGAUGUCUUUAGAUUCUUGUACCAAUUAACCAUUUAAUGCUCCAAACCCAAAUGGGUUCUUGAUAUUCGAUGAACUCUGUUUUAUAUGUUAAUGAUACAAGAGGCUCUAAUCCCCAUGUUUCCAAAGCAGCUGAAAAGGGAAUAGCGUGGGCCUUAGUCUUCCCCAUAAGAGUUCUUGCCAGGGAUCCGGUAACUUAGCUGCAUCAAACCCAAAAAGGGGCGGUCUGGUCUGUGCAAAAUCCCUCAGGAUCCUCUUUUCCAGGAUUGACUCUCAGCAAGGAUUUCUUCUGGUUGAUCCGUCCCCA